GCCCACCCCUCCAGGUUGUCAUAGUGAUGCCGUAUCCACUGAGACUCCGGAUCCUAACAGCUGGAAGCUAAAAACAGGCGCCAUGGAGUACACAGGGAGCAAAUAUAUCGGGGAAUAUGUAGAUGGGAGACUGUGAGCCCCCGAGGACAGGGACUGCAUCUGCCUUGAUCACUGUUGAAUCUGUGUUGUAUUCAGCAAGUUGGACCAUCAGCAUAGUCCCUGACAAAAUGAUGGAGGGCAAAGCCAAGUACAUCCUCCCUACCGAAACAAUAUAUGUUGGGGAAAUGAAGGAUGGCAUGUUUCACGGCGAAGGAACCCUGUACUUCCCCAGUGGAAGCCAAUACGACGCCAUUUGGGAAAACGGAUUGGCCAUAAAGGGCACAUAUACCUUCGCAGAUGGGCUGCACUAUGAUGAGAAGAACUGGCAUUACUGCGACGGCUAUGAUCGGAGGUUUUACACAGAGAUCCUCAAUGGCUUGAAGCCUGCAGGUAUGGCUCAACUCACCAAUAUGGACCCACCUAGAAAAAUCCCCAAGGGCUAUUACGAUUGUGGAGACGGCUUCUAUAACCCAGUCACGAGGGUAGUCAAGGACUAUAGGAACCGCUUUCUAAGAAACGCAGAUGAUGAUGAGCAUGAGUGGAUCACCCGUACCUGUCGAAAGGGCUAGGACGAGAUCGUGGGUCACAGGCCCGAGCCGUGAACUCUGUGGCUGCCUCCACCAGAGGUUUCCAUCUGCCCUACUAGCAUUGGCUGCCCUGGGGGACGGGCUGUAGUUCUAGAACCUGAUUUUAACUCAGGAAUAAAGACUUUCUGCGGUCA